AUGAGUUAUCCUCUGCAAAGACCGUAUUCAACUCCAGCCAACAGUACUGUUUUGCUACCACUGUUGCUUCUUUCACUUGCUAGGCAACGCCAUUCUCCAAAAACUGCAACAAAUAUUAGAACUGAAUAUGAUUUUGUAAUUGUUGGAGCUGGAUCGGCUGGAUCCGUCGUAGCCAAUCGGUUAUCAGAAAUAUCCUGUGUCAACGUUCUUCUUCUCGAAGCUGGUCCGCCACCUUCCAUACUCACCGAAGUGCCGGGUUUCACGCGGGAAGCUUCCUUUACAAACCUUGAUUGGAAUUACGUAACAACUCCUCAAAAAAAUACUGGACGAGGUAUCAUUGGAAGGCAAUUUUUGUAUCCAAGAGGAAAAGCUUUAGGAGGCACAAGCAUUAUGAACGGCAUGGUUUAUAUUCGUGGCAAUAAGCACAACUAUGACGAAUGGGAAGCACAAGGCGCAACUGGUUGGAGUUAUAAGGACGUCUUGCCCUACUUCAAGAAAAUGGAAGACAAUCGGAACGUUGAUGUAGUGUCCAAUGGAUAUCAUGGCGUUGGAGGACCAGUGACUGUAGAGCGACCAUGGUAUCGUGGAGAGGUUAAAAUUCCUCUGAUUAAAUCAGCUAUAGAAUUGGGAUACCACUUCAGAGAUGUUAACGGUCAGCUACAAACAGGAUUUAAUGAUCAUCAGGCGUUCAUGCGGGACGGUCAAAGAUGCAGCACUGCCAAAGCUUACCUAGUUCCAGCUGAAAACAGGACAAAUCUCCACAUCCUUCCAAAUGCCAUGGUUCGAAAGGUCAUAAUAAAAAACAAGCGUGCCGUUGGUGUGCUGUUUGACCACAGUGGUGAUACUUAUGAAGUGCGGGCUACGAGAGAAGUCAUUCUUUCAGCGGGUGCCAUCAAUACCCCUCAGAUCCUUAUGCUCUCUGGAGUAGGUCCCAGAAAAGAACUGGAAAGACAUAAGAUCAAAGUCGAAGCCGACCUGCACGUGGGGAUGAAUUUACAGGAUCACAUUGGUCCUACCCAAGAAUUCGUGACAGAUGCUUCAAUUCCAACCUAUGCUGAAAAACUCAGAGAUCCAAACAAUCUUGUGUAUGAACAAGUAUAUGAGCCGUAUGAAAAUAAACCUUUAAUCACUUGCCUCGUUUACCUACUGCAGCCCAUAAGUCGUGGACGAGUAACUCUAUAUUCCACAAAUCCAUACGAUGCUCCACUCAUCGAUCCAAACUAUUUUAGCGAUCCUCGAGACCUGUACAGUGUGGUCGAAGGACUCAAAUCCUGUAACCGGAUUGGAAAAGGAUCAUACCUGAAAGCUCUUGGAUUCCAACCUAUCAGUACCCUUUUUCCUGGAUGCGAAAAAUAUGCUUCCAACCAAGAGCUGUAUUUCAGGUGCCAAGCAAGAACAUCGGUCAUACCACUUUAUGACGCAGUUGGAACAGCAAAAAUGGGUAACCCAGCAGACCCAUCUACUGUCGUCGACCCUUACUUAAGAGUGAAACUCAUAAAAGGACUACGUGUAGUUGAUGCAUCUAUUAUGCCAAUAAUCCCAUCAGGAAACAUCAAUGCUCCUACAAUCAUGAUUGGGGAAAAGGCCUCCGACAUCAUCAAGAGCUCAAUUCAGUGCGAGGAGUACGACAAUAACGAACCUGAAUAUGAUGACGAUUUUGCCACAUACGAAUACAAAAAGGCAGCUGAAAGGGCAGAAAACCGAGCGUAUAGGAUACCGAAAUAUAACUCCAGACAAUUCCGAGGAAUAUAG